AGACGUCGCAGAACCGAAGGUCCGAACUUGAUAGCCCUGCAAAUAGCCGGACGGUCAGGGUAGCAUCGAGCCUUCACGUAGACGCUCCGAAUUACCGCACGUGGUUAAAGCGCCUUGCAACCUCGUCCUCGAAGCAUGUUAGGUUCGUCUGGAGAUCUGGCCCUGCCUCCAAGAGAGCUCAAAUACCUCAAGCAAUUGCGGCGAACUUCCCCAGGUUCUUGGCGGCCGGUAGUUGCUACGGUAGGACUACUCGAAUUUCCAAAUUCGCGACGAGGCCUGGGUGACGCCGUACCGGACAACAAUUUCGUCGAGGUAGCUUUAUCGUCGCCGAUACAUAUCUCAAGAUGGCGAUGACCUUUCUCGUAGCAGCCCUAACGCUGCUAGCAGGCCCGGCGGCCGGCCACGGCGGUCUCGCGAACUACACCGUCGGUGAUACUUGGUAUAGGGGGUAUAGUCCAGACGAACCCUUGGCGGAACAAGAAGGCCAGCCUUGGAUGGUCCAGAGAGUGUGGGCGAGCAUCGACCCGAUCUUCUUCGUGAACGAUACCGGUCUUGCGUGCAACACCCCUGGCACGGCGCCGCCGUCUUAUAUCCCCAUCGCGGCCGGAGACGACAUAACCGCCGUAUACUGGUACUGGCUGCAUCCUUACGGCCCGAUGUCGGUAUGGCUCGCUGACUGCGGCGCCUCCUGCGAGGACGUGAACGUGAACGACUUAAACUUCUUCAAGAUAUGGGAGGCGGGAUUGCUCGAGGGUAAUGUCAUAGAAGGCAUCUGGUAUCAGAAGAAGUUCCAGAACUGGGACGGCUCCCCUGACCUGUGGCCCGUCACGAUUCCAGCUACUAUCAAACCGGGGCUAUACGUAAUUAGGCACGAGAUCCUGAGCAUUCACAUCGAGAAUAGGCCGCAGUUCUAUCCCGAGUGCGCUCAUCUGAACAUCACCGGCACCGGGACGGCGUUGCCGUCGCCAGAGUACUUCGCCAAGUUUCCCGGGUCUUACAAGGAGGAUGACCCAUCGAUUCGAAUCGAUAUCUACUCGGAUGCGGUGAAGACGGCGACGAAUUACACCAUCCCGGGUCCGCCGGUAUGGGAUGGGUGAGUCUAUCAACAUGCCUACGCAUCAAUAGUCUGUGUGCUAAUGCCGCGUAGGCUGGUAAACAAAUAUUGUCAGGAGUGUUAGUGAACUUAUCCGGCGCCUUCGUGUACUGUUUGGAUAGGCAACUAGCCUACGGACACUCUGGAUAAUUUCAAUGAAAUACGGUCACCUACGUACUCAUGUUUGCCAAGAUAGU